CGUCUCUGAUAUUUGAAAGCAAACGCAACAGCCGCAGAAGCAGCACCAGCAGCACCAGCAUAAGUGCAGCAAAAGAAAAGUGAAACAAAUAAACCCACACACAUACAACGAAACGGUACACACACGGAUACAACAACUCUUAGACAAAAAAAAAAGGAACAGCGUACAAAAGAAAUAAAUAAAGACUGAUCCCAGGAACAAAAUAGGAAGAAAUAUAAGCAAUCUCUCUCUUUCUCUGUGUCUCACUGACUCACUAUCUCUCUCUAUUGAUCUCAAUUUGAUAAGCAAUAUCAAUCAAUCAAUCAAUCAAUCAAUCAGCUGAGACCAGACCACAAUCCACAGUCGCCAGCAAACCCAGUCACCAGCUUGGUAUAAUGUUUAGCAGUCUCGCAACGUUUCUAUUUGGAGCGCAAGCGACGUCAACUGACUCAACUCAAAAUAGUGAUACGAAUCCUGUCCAGGCCAACGCUUCCAACGUAGCUCCAAUUGGCAACGAUCAAUCGCGCGGCGAUGUAAUCGAGGUGACCUCAACCACCCCAUCUGUUGCUGGCAACAAUCAUCGUGCCACCGUUAAACGUUCAGGCGCUAAGAAUAGGCGUGGCAGGCAGCGACACCAACAACAACAACAACAGCAACAACUACAACAUCAGCAGCAGCAGCAGCAGCAGGGCGGACAACGCAAGCAAACCCCAACUCUAUCGAAGCUACUAACCCCAAACGGACAAGGCGCCAUCGACGAGGACUUCAACGAGGACGAAUGGUACAUUGUCGAAAAGGAGGAGGAGGAGGAGGAUUCGCUGCCACGCAGCGAUUCCGAGGAGGAGCUGUCCGUCGUCGAGCUGCAGGCGAAGUCUGUCGGCGGCGGAGCAGCAGCAGCUGCUGGUGCCGCUUCGGCACCGGCUCGUCGGCGGCAGCAUCAGCAGCAGCACAUCAAUUCGCAUUCCUUGUACAGCGGACCGCGUCCGCAGCAGCAGCGCAACUAUUUGCAACGGACGCGUGCGGCACGUGGAACGCUGAGCAGCUCAACGCGCAACGUUGUGGCAGCAGCACCAGCAGCUAGCGAGAAUUGUGAUGAUGACAGCCAGUCGGCAGCUGUCAGCCAAUCGCUGUAUGCACCGAUGACGAUCUCGAUAUCGAGGGGCGCCACCAGCUCGCCCAGUGGCAGCGAUUCGAGCAGCAGCAGCAGCAGCAGCGGCAGCAGCUCGGACAGCAGCUCGGGCAAGGGUUGUGGAUCGGCCGGCGUUAUGAUGGAGGAGUCCUGGUACGUAACACCGCCACCAUGCUUCACCUCGAUUGGGCCAAUCAAUAUGGAAACAUCACCCUUUGAGAAUCUAUUGAUUGAGCAUCCAAGCAUGUCGGUGUAUCAUAGUAUUAGGUCCAGCCAGGCGGGCACCGAAAGUUUUGUAAAUCUUGAUCUCGGAGCAGCUGAACUGCAGCAACCGGAGCCACAGUUGGAGCCGGAGCAGGCUCCGGUUCCGGCUCCGGUCCAGGGCCAGGUUCAGGCUCAGACUGUGUUGCGGCAGCCAAGCUCCAACAGCGCUCGCUUCGAUCGCCAUGCGGCGCUGCAGCUGAAGCAGCAGACCCUUGCUCGUGAGGGCCAGAAGAGCAACAACAAGAAGCAGCAUCAGCAGCUGUGCCGCAGCGCCAUUAAGCGUGCCAACAAGGUGCGCGACUUCCAGGCGAAGGCUCAUCGUCCUCGUCGCUCGGAGAUGCAGCACUGCAAGUUGGUCAGCGGCGCCAACAACAAUCGCAAGUGCUGCUAGCUCACACACAACCAACAGCCAACAACCAACCAACAAUAAACAACACGCUCCCUCCCUCUCUCUCCCUCACUCUCUAUCUAUAAGGAGGAGGCGGGAGUUUAAAAUAUUCAAACAAUCAUGGCAAAA